AUGCCGUCCAAACCAGUUCAGCAGUUCAAGCAUAUUGGUGUUGUCGGGGCCGGAAGCAUGGGCUCGAUGAUGACCUUCGCCUUCUGCGACCUUGGUCUUGAUGUCUCAACCUGGGACGUGGACAGAUCAAAUGUCGAUAAGGUUACCAACUGGGCAAAGAACUACAAGAACGCCAGAGGAAACAUUCAUGGAUUCUACAACAUCGAUGAUUUCACCAAGAGCCUCGAGGGCAAGGGUGAAAGAAAGCUAUUCAUUUUCUCCGUCACUCACGGAGACCCCGCAGAUUCAGUCUUGGGCAAGAUGAAACAUACUCUCAAGAAAGGCGAUAUCAUUCUCGACGGCGGUAACGAGAAUUACCGCAAAACAGAGCGACGUCAGAAAGAAUGCGAGAAAAUGGGAGUCAGUUGGAUCGGAAUGGGUGUUUCUGGCGGUUACCAGUCUGCUCGACGGGGACCUAGUCUCUCGCCUAGUGGAGAUCCCGAGGCACUGAAGAUUGUCAUGCCUCUGCUGGAACAAUACGCUGCAAAGGAUCCUAAGACGAACACGCCUUGUGUGACUCGCAUUGGACCCGGAGGAUCGGGUCACUUUGUCAAAAUGGUUCACAAUGGCAUUGAAGGCGGCAUGUUGUCUGCUCUUGCGGAAGCUUGGGCCUAUAUGACAUUUGGACUGGAGAUGAAGUAUGAGGAGAUCAGCGACAUAUCCUCCGGACCAAGAGAACCCCACAAGGCGACCAAAAUGGCGAGGGGGGCUAGCAACGACGAUGGAUAUGUCCUGGACGAUGUUCUUGAUAAAGUUGUCCAAGAUGACGACAACACGGAAGGAACUCCUCUCUGGUGUGUUAUGGAGUCCGCUGCUCGUCACAUCUCUUGCCCGACUCUGGGCGCUGCGCAUUACAUGCGUAUUGCGAGUGGAAACCGUGCUGAGCGGGCUCGCGUCUCGAAGAAGCUACAUAUGCCUUCACCAAGACCAAUUGAACACAAGCGUGAUCGUAAGACAGUGCUUGAGCAGCUUCGACGCGCUGUAUAUUGCUCAUUCCUGUCAUCCUUUGUUCAGGGUCUUGAGUUGAUCGCUCGCGCAUCCGAGGACGAAGGUUGGAAUAUCAAUAUGGGCGAUUGUCUCCAGAUCUGGCGAGCAGGCUGUAUCAUUCAGUCUGAGUAUAUUGCAGAUCUCUUGCAGCCAGCACUGACUAAGAAUCCGAUGACAAAUAUGAAGUUUGUCGAUGAGGUGUCGCGUGAGCUGCAUCGGAACUUCGACGACCUGAAGACCAUUAUCAUUGAGGGUACUCAGUCUGAUCAGUAUAUGCCGGCAUUGUCAGCAACACUGGAAUACCUCAAGUAUGAGGGAGGACUUGAGCUACCUACCAAGUUUAUGGAGGCUCAGAUGGAUUACUUCGGUGCCCAUUGUUAUAACAAGCCUGGAAUCCCAGGAGAAGAUCCUGGUCCAGUUAGGAAAGGCCCACACCACUACGAGUGGAAGGUUGCUUAG